AUGCAUCGCAAGCGAGCUCCCCGUACUCCUGGGUUGCCGCCGAUCGAAUCGUUGAGCGGCUUUGACUGGACGACUACGACGCAGCUGAAGUUCCGGCCAUUUAAACCGAAAUAUCACCUCACGAUGGCCCUCGAGAAUCUCGAUCCAUCCGACUGGAUCCCCAUGGACAAGACGUACAAGGACCGGUUGAAGCUCCGCGCCUCAUUGCUGGAGAAGCACCAUGACGUUGUUCUCGGGAUCAACAAUGAAUCAGAUCCCCGAGUUCGUGCGGCGGUCGUUGAGCUCUACAUGUUCCUGCUGGGUACAUACCUGCCUGGUCGGUAUCCGAGAAUGUUUACCCUACGAGAUAAAUCUUCAUCAGCAACCCUCGAGAACCUUGUUACGGGCGAGGUGUUCCCUGUUGACGAAUCCGUAUCCACGAUCACCGCAUUGGAAUCGCUAGCCAGAGUUGCCGACGAGGAUUUCCUCAUCCUCCUUCCUGACAUCACUACUGCGGCUGCUGCGGGGGAAGAAGAAAAGUAUAUACUAGAAGCGUACGAGACAUGCUUCCCUGCCGGCUUCGACACCCGCACGAAACUCGGCCUCCGUCUCGCGAGCAUCCAUGACCCCGUCCCACACUACACCGACAAGCUCGAGAAGAGCAUGGACCGCUUCUUCGCCAAGUUGCCCGUCGGUCGGUACGUGAAGCGUGUGAACUGGGGUAUCACUACUGAGCCGGACCUGUUUGCUGCCUUUGGGGGGAUCCAUGCCUCUGAAGAAGAAGAAGAGGAGGAAAAGCCGAUCCGUUCAGAAGAUUUGGAUUUAGAUAAGACCUAUCUUCGCUGUGAACGACAAACGCUCCACCGUCUGCCGACCUCAAAGGCGCUAGUCUUCGCUUACCAUACCUACAUGUAUCCUCUGCAGGAGAUCAAAGAUGAGGGACUGGGCGAGGAUCUUGCAAUGGCAAUCGACGGGUUGAAGGAGGGGAGCGCACCGGGGAUUCAUAUGUACAAGCGGGGGGCUGUGUGGGGGGAGGCUGUCAAGACAUGUCUACGAGCUUAA